ACUGCUCUGUUCUCUUCCUCCUCAGCAUCAGAGCUUCCUGAAGCAACAACAGAUAACUGCUCCAUCCUCAAGUCUCUGUGAAGCCGUUACUAUGGCAAUCCUGACCUGCUUGUUUGACCUUCUGCCCAUUUGUUGGACUUCCUGCCUGCAGCUUGUUGGAUUUGUUUGCCUGUUUUGGACUGCCUUUCCAGUUUUUACCCUUGCCUGCUUCACUAUUCGGAACACCAUGUACAAAUAUAACAUCAUCUAUAAAAGUGUUCUGAUCCAAUCAGGAUCUCCUGCUGUCUACCAGCUGAAACCAAAGAAAGAGAAGAUUGGAACUAUAACAAGAAUGACGCUUGGUGAAAAAGAUCUGAACAAGACAAACAGAACCAUUUUACUUGUUGGUGAAACAGGAACAGGAAAAUCUACUCUGAUCAAUGCUCUGGUCAACUACACCAUGGGAGUGAAGUGGGAGGACGAUGUCUGGUUUCAGAUCGUAGAGGACGAGAAGAGAAGUCAGUCACAGAGUCAGACAUCAGAUGUGAUCGUUUAUGAAAUUUUUUGUUUUGAAGGUAAAACUCUGCCCUACUCUCUGACCAUCAUCGAUACUCCUGGAUAUGGAGAUACCAGAGGGACUAAACAAGAUGUCAUCGUCAGUCAAAAAUUAUUUGACUUGUUCUGCUCAGAGGACGGAGUCCAUGAGAUCAAUGCAGUGGGUCUGGUGCUGAAAGCGACUGAGAAUCGACUCAGUGACCGUCUGAGGUACAUCUUUGAUUCAGUUCUGUCUCUGUUUGGAAAAGAUAUGGAGAAGAACAUUGUUGCCCUCCUCACUCACUCAGAUGGAAGAACACCUAAAAAUGCUCUGAAAGCCCUCGGGGCUGCAAACAUUAAAUGUGCCAGAAAUGAAAAGAAUCAGCCGGUUCCCUUCCUGUUUGAUAACUGCCAGCAUGAAGACAGGACAGAGGACACAGAAGAACUUAAACAUUCAGAUAAAAUAACGAUAAAUGGAAUGAGUCAGUUCACAGACUUUCUAGAGAAAACUGCGUGUCCAAAUCUGGAGACAACUGUGGAUGUUCUGACUGAGCAAAUACGACUGACAACCUCCAUCCAAAACCUGCGAGACAGAGUUGAGUUGAUUGAACUAAAACAGAGAGAGAGACAGCAAACUCAGGAAGUCCUUUUAGAAACUUUAGAAAAGGAAACAGAAGAACUUCAGAAAGCGAAAGAUCAAUGGUUGGAAGAGUCCUUCCAGCAUGUUGUCAGACUGGAGCAGAUCGCCCUGAAUGCUGAUUCACUGUCCACUCUUGUCCAAUUGGACUUCCUGAUUGAGAAGAUGAAGGAGAAAGGAGACACAGAGAAGGUCCAGAAACUGGAAGAGAUGAAAAGUCGAGUGGAUGACGGCAGUCCUGGCAGCGUUGCAGUACAAACUAACAGCAGCCUGAAAAGAAGUAAUGAAGUAGGUGGACAGCAUGAUUGAGAACAGACAGCUGUGUUCACUCUUCUUUUUUUUUUAAAGUUAUUUUUUUGGCCUUUUGUUGGCUUUAUUUUUAGAGACAGCUGUAGAGAGACAGGAAAGGUGGGAGGAGAGAGGGGAUGACACGCAGCAAAGGACCGCAGGUCGGAUUCCAACCUGGGCCGCUGCAGCAACUUUGUAUAUGGGUCGCCAGCUCUACCGACUGAGCUAACCAGCCGCCCAUGUGUUCACUCUUUAUAACAAAGUCAAAGAAGUGAUUUUGUUUAGUCUGAUUGAAACGGUCAGCUGGGCUUAUUACAGGCCUGUGACUGCUACAAAUACCAGGUUUUCUUCUUUUUUUAAUUUAAUUCAUUGAUUUCUGUCAGGAUGAAAAUAACAAAAAACAUCAAAAAUACUUUAUUGAUGGCAAAUGGUUGCGUUACAUUUGCUCAGACAUUAUAAUAAAAAAUGAAAUAAUAAUAAGAACGUUGAAAUAUGUGCAUUAAAUUAUAUUAAACAAUAUAUAGAAAAUAUAAAAUCAGAGUGUGUAAAAAUAAAGGUACAAUAUUAUAAUAUAACAAAAUAUAGAAUAUCCAGUAUAUGUAUAGACCAUUAUAUAACAGUGGUUAUUACAUAAAACUCUGAUGAAUAAACAAAACGAAUCAUAACUAAAUGUUUCUGAAAUACAUUACCGACCUAGCUUGAUAUAGUUGAGCUUUUUGUUAUCUUGUUUUUUGUUUCAGAUCCAAUUUUAUCUAUUAAAAUCUUCUAGUGCACCAAAAUUAUUUUACCAUAUUGUGGUUUAUUUAAGUUCUUUACCAUCUAAAGUUGAAGGGGUUGAUGAGCUGAACCCUCCCAACACACCCUGCUCAUAUUCUGUCUCGUAUAAAGAACUUUGAAUUACCUCACUGGACUUCAAACAGUGUGACACCAAUAAAACAGGUGGUGAAAGGAGUUCUUUAAGCCUUUAUAGACACUUUGGGAGAGAAACAGGAUUUGGGGGUAAUAAAAUAGAUGUGCCCCUGGUCAAAAGGUUGAGUUUAUGAUAGGAAGAGCCAGGGGGAAGUCACACAUCAAAGGACCAUUUGGUGAGAGAGACCUGGAUUUACAGGAGUAACAUUUGCAAGACACACAGGGGGUUUCAUUGUUUGUGAUGUAAUGAGAUGCACUGAAAUGUAUAUAAGGGAGAGCAUUUUGGAAGUCGGGAGAGAACAUCCAUGACGUGACCUUCUCUCCAUGCAGCAUGAAUUAAAGGGACUUGAUUAUCACACCGGCUUGAAAGUUCUUCAGAGAUUUAGCACCUCUCAACUUUGGGAAGAAUUUCCACGACAACACGAUAAAGGUCCCAAGUCAUCAAAUACUGCACAACUGCCAUCGAAGUCAGGUGAUGUCGUAUAAAGACAAUAAAGCCAUUUGAAUUGAAUUGAAUUGAAUUGAAUUAAAGAGCGAGAUAGUCCACAUAUGGAGCUGCUGUUCACGUCCUGUGUAAAACCAAAAGUAAAUGUUGAAUGCUUUGAAGUUACAUAUGUAAGUUAGCUUAUGUAACAUACUUAAGUUCAGUCAGGACCACUUGUCAAAAUAACUUGUCAAAAAAAAUUUACAAAGCAGAAUGUUACAUUUGACGAUAUGUCUCUGUUCUGGGACCUCCUUGCCCUUUUACGUGCCUACAUGGAAAAGUUUAAGACAAGAAGAGCGGCAGCAGAGACCCCCCAGCAUACAGAACAGAGUAAGCAUUAAUGGCAAUCAGAAAAUGACAUUGAUAAAUUAGAUACACCAUAAAAGGAGGAGCUGGGGUGGAGGUGGGUUGCAAAAAGAAAGAGGCUUGUAGAGAAAGCAGCAAAGACAGGCAGGCUAAAGCAGCUUAAAUAAGGCACCAUGAAUGAUAAUUGCCAAUUGGAUGCUUGAGGGAAUCAGCUGAGCUGUCAGUUGACUUUGUAUAGUUUUCCCAUAGGAAGUUUAGGAGGAAUCAGCUGAGCCAUCAGCUGAUGUGUGUUUACGCCUAGAUGUGAUCAGCUGAUGUAGCUGGAAUUGACAGCUGUUGGGAUCCAAGGAUACCUUUAAAUAGGAACUUGUUCAUUUGAAGUUUUUAACUGGACCAAAAGGGAAAUGUUGGAAUAUGGCCACAUGGGUUUUACACAAAGAAGAUGGUCUUUCCUACAGCAGCCUGUAUGUAAAAGUAAAGGCCUGAUUGUAGUAGUCUUUCAGACAAAGGAAUUCCCCUGCGGCCUUAUUGUAAGUCUCUUCUACCUUCACUCCUGCUCACACACACCCACACCGGGUGAUAAGUUCUGGACCUCGGCCUGACCUGCAGAUGACGCAUGACAAUAGGAUUAUAGCAUGGCACAAAGGCCUGCUUUUUCCUGCGAUACCUGCACUGGCGGACAUCGCACAGCAGAGACAGUUUUGGACUUCAGAACCAUAAUUCUGAACUCUUUUUCAUCUCCAUUGGACUGUUGGUAACGUACUGGGCAUAGACAGACAACUUAACAGAGUUAACGGCUAAACAAGGACUGUUUAAUUAUUGUUAAUGUCGCUGAUGUGUUUUAUUCAGGUUACUGUGGUAUUGUGAUGUUGAUUUGAUUAACUGAGGUUACUGUAGUAACUGUAGUCUUUGAGACAGUGCUAAGGUGAUGUUAGUUUAAUGCUUCACACAGACAUCUUUGCAUACACUUACUCCCUUUUUACGGCACUGUUAAUCUAAGAAUCACAUACACACAUAUUCGGUCUAAGUACAUACAUGUGAAGAAGGAUUCAAAACCUCCCGCCUCUCUAUUUCUCUGUGUCUCUCAGGACACAGGACAUAUGCCUUUGAUGACCCCCAUAAACACACACACACACACACACACACACACACACACACACACACACUCUUUUUUUAAGUUGGAUUGUAUAUUGUGUAUUUUCCUCUGUUUGCUUUUAUUAUAUCUGGUUAAUAAAUGUUUGUGUUUACA